AAGGAUGACGACCGCCGCUGCUGUCGGCCCGUUGCUCCUGGGGAUGGUGUGGACGUCGUUGCGGACACCAGCCGAGGCCCAAUGCACUCCGGAUGUGCGCCGGAAGAGACCGACGCACAGCCUGUGCAAGCCGCCCAACAAUCUGUGCACCAUAGGCGAGGCGGGCGUGGACGCCGCUCAGCGAGCCCUCAUUGUGAACCGCCACAACGAACACCGGAGCGAGGUGGCGCAGGGACGGCUGCGCGGAUUUUCGCCGGCAGCCGACAUGCAGGAGCUGAUCUGGGACGACGAGAUAGCGCAGGUGGCGCAGGCCCACGCCAACCUCUGCACGCCCCCCAACGGAUCUUUAAACCACGACGAACGCGAGGACCGCUUCACGUCGCGGUUCCAAAUCACGGGCCAGAACCUUGCGUGGGAUGGACAGACGUUCCCGGUCAGCGUGCCCAACUGGACGAAUGCCAUCGACGAGUGGUACGUUGAGCACACGUUCUUCCCGCCGAGGUACAUCAGUCAGUAUCCCGGCGUAGCAGUCUCAUCCAUGGCCACGGGCCACUUCACCCAGGCCAUCUGGGCCAUGACUCGCUACAUCGGCUGCGGUUACGUCUACUACUCGGUCGCCGGCGCUCGGUACCCGUACAUGCGCAAGUACACGUGCAACUACGCUCCGGCCGGGAACUACAAGCGGCGGCCCGUCUACCAGGAGGGCGCUACGUGCAGCGCGUGUCCACCGACCACCCACUGCCGCCAAGCUACGGGUCUGUGCGGCGACCAAGCGCCCGCACAGAAACCCGGGGACAAACCCUUGCCGGCGCCUGGGCCCAAUUCUCCACCGCCGAGCCCUCCCGACAUGUCACCUCCUUCCGAACCGGAAGCGGAGACUACGAUGUGGCCUUACGUAACACUUGCCGUGUCCCUAGUCGUAGUGGUGUCCUUGCUGGCUGGCCUCGUCUUCGGUUGGCGCGUUAUCGCUCGUACCGAUUACUUGACGGGAACGCGGGCUGCUUCCGAUGUCCCCUCGGCUGAGGAAUAGUGGACCAUGCCAACAUAUUUUGCAUUCGUAUUUGGGACGGUUUCGUUUCUAUGAUCACAAACGCGCGACUGAAACUGGUUGUUUUGUGCUGCUGCUUCUCGCGAUGCUUUCUUCUUUUUUUUUUUUGCAUUACGAGCGGAAUUUUUUUUUCAUAUCUGUGUACUUAUCGAAUAAUUUAAGUGUGCCAGCGGUACGUAUGAGAAGCACAUGUGUCUGCUGAUAAAUGUUCGCGAAGUGCUUAUGAAUUUAGGUUCAUCCUACACGAGUCCAGCGUGCUUUUCUGCCGUUCGCAUCGUGCCCCACACACCUUCUUUUGCCGGAUAAGGGUGGGCUGGAGUUAUUUCACGUCGUGUGACCGUAAUAAUGUAGACGAAAGAGAACCCAUCUCAUGCAAGUCCACAACAUAAGCUAUCAGUUUUACAUCUUGACCAGUGACGUAUCCUGUAAUCUUUUCGGAGGGGGUGGAGGUGGGCACGCAUUUUACCAAAGACUGAAUGGAUGGAGAGAGAAGGGGAGGCACGUGUCCAGUGGGCCACCCUCCUGGUUACGUCCCUGAUCCUGACGUUCCCCAUUACGGAUCAAGAAGAUUGAUUAAAGUUCAGCUGGGUGCACGCCUAUGGCUCUCAUCGGCUCGCGCACGAGCAAUUCACCUCACAAUCGACUUUCCUGAUGUGCCGUAGAGACAAACCACGUAGUAUUUACA